UGAGCGUGCACUUUUCUCAGGCAGGUAGUGCGGGUGCAGUCAGUCCACGGGAGGACGGGCAGGAAGCGGCGUGGGCAGCCCUCUCAGUGUGUCAGCGCCUGCGUCAGACCAGACGCCGGGAGGGAGUUUUCCACUGACGAAAAAGGCUGCGCUUCUCGUCAGUCUGUUCCAGACAAGGGAAGCGCUUCAGCUGGUGCGGAGCCCCGCACGGCCGUCACGCAGACGAGAAGACAAAAAAAAAAGCAGAAAACCCCGCACUGAGAUCCGCGUUCCUACGGCGCGGGGGAGAGAUAAGCGCACGAUUCAUCCGUGCCAUUUGGAUUAUCAUUAUCCCGUUUUUAUCCACUUCUUUCCCGAUGGUGAUCGGAUACUUGAAGUGACUGCUCACACUAGCGCCAUGAGUGGGCUUCUCAAGAGGAAGUUUGAGGAGGUGGAUGAUGACCCGUGCUACUCCUCGCCCUCUUCCCUCUCCUCUGCCUGCUCGGCGUGGGACUCGGAGGGGGAGAGCUGCUACUCGGACACCCUGGAUUCAACACCCAGUAACCCCAGCUCUCCAGCAACAAACUUCAACACAACGUCCAUCCUUAAGAAGACCAAGAGGGCUCGACGAGGCAAUGUGACUUUCGACCAAGUGACGGUGUUCUUCUUCCCGCGGUGCCAAGGCUUCACUAGUGUUCCCAGUCGGGGCGGAUGCACUCUGGGCAUGACGCCGCGCCACAGCACCCUCCGCACCUACACGCUUGCAGAGUUCGCUGUGGAGCAACGGCUUCUGCGCAGGGAAAAGCUUCUCAACAGGCUCAGGGAAGAGAAGUUGGAAGCUCUCAAGAUGAAGUUGACGAAGAACGGAACGCAGGAGAACGAGGAGGCCGAUCGGCUGACGGUGGACGACAUUCCAGAGCAGGAGAUCGAUGUCAGCGCGGCCAACCUGGAUGAGGGCUCCUUCCUGCAGCCUUAUCCCUCUAAGCAGCGCUAUGCUCUGCUCAAAGCAGCCGGCGUGAAGAAAAUCGAUAAGGAGGAGAAGAGGCAGCUGCAUGAGUUGAGGAUCUCCAGGGAGAAUUGUGGAUGUGACUGCCAGGGGUUCUGCGAGCCAGAAACAUGCAGCUGCAGCCUGGCUGGCAUCAAAUGUCAGAUGGAUCACUCGUCGUUUCCGUGCGGCUGCACUAAAGAUGGCUGCGGGAACACGGAGGGUCGCAUAGAGUUCAACUCCACCCGGGUACAAACUCACUACAUCCACACGAUCAUGAAGUUGGAGCUGGAGAACAGGCUGGAGGAGCAGUCCGGCACGGAGGAGGACGAGGAGAACACGACGGGCGUCGCCCCCCUUCCAGCGGUGCCCUCCUUUCCCUUCAGCUCGGAGCUGGCGGCGGCCGGAGAGAACAGCUGCAGCAGCGACAUGACGGACUUUACGGACUCUUCGGGUCAGAGUGAGGACUCGGACGCGGGCGAGGGGCCGUGUCCGCAGCAGAGCUCCCUGGACGUGGACGAGAAGGGCUUGAGUCGCAUCCUGUGCUUCAGCGACACGGAGAACAGCUCGAGGAGCAGCGGCGAGGGCGAGGAAAAGAACAGUCACAAGAACACUAGUUGUCCAGAUCAGCCGCAGCAGCCUUCCACAGAGGCGUUCAGCAGCUUCAGCAUGGUGGACUUCGCUGACGAGAACGACAACAUAGACGCAGAACUUUUGGACUCCGCGAGCGAUCACACAGACAAUCGAGCGACGGCUAUUUCAGAACUCUUGGAUGAGAACGCCAACCAGGGAAACGCCCUUUUCCACAGCAGCAGCAGUGUGCCACACACCCCCUCUCCCACCAUCGACCGCUCUGCGAGCUACAGCAUGGACCUGAGCCUCUCGUCUGAGUCAGACCUGGAGUUCUUUGACGGCUUCCCUUGCUUGGGGCCGAGCUCGCUCUACAACUCUCUGAAGGAGUAUGAGCACAUGGACAACUUCUUUCAAUUUCAGACGCCUAGCUACCCCACGUUCCCCGCAGCGACAGAUCCCGGGACCUGCCUUCUGGAGUCACUGAUCGGCCUUUCAGAAUCUGUCCCAGAACCCCCCGCCACAUUUACGGACAAUCAGCUGAUGGAGGAAGCCAUGAAACUGUCUGUGAUGGAGUCUGUGAAAGUUUGAAAAAAAAAAAAAAAAAAAAAGUGGUGUCAGAAGUGGGCUGACAUUCACAUAUGAUGUCAACACGUUGGAGGACGCUGUGAUUUCCCUCUUGCCUAAUAAAUGUUCUGAUUCCAGACUUGCCUUCAAAAUGUUAGCAAAGCCGUUUGGGAUCAUCGCUGUGUGAGAUGGCAGCUAGUGUUAAAAGUUCUGAAUUGGAAGAUCAUGUUUGACCAUAGAAACCAAUGAUGGCUCUCGGUUCCUAAGACAGCUCUAGUAACCAAACCAAGACCACCGACCAUAUGCUGAACAGGAAUGAAGCUCGACUGUGGCCAGGUUGGGAAUCUCAACACAGCUGAAUGUGCACCUCAGGGAUUAUUUUUCUAGCUUUCUAGCUUUUUGAAGGCAAUGUACGGUGACCAUUGCUGUGAUGGCCUUUCUUAUGACACCUGAGUCCGAUUGCGAGAUAGUCCUGUUUGUGACCGCCGCCGAGGCGGCGCCCUCACAAUCUAUCCCUUCUAUGGUACAAAAAUAUUUUCUAACAAUAUCACCCGUGAAAGCUCCUCGAUCAGCACUUUAUCUGUGAAAAAUGGUUAUGUAUGCAUAGGCAUUAUUUUGGUUGAAUGAUUCAACAGUUGGACGCUAAAGUUAAAAGCUUGUUAUUUAUAAGCUAAAAAUCAGUGCUCAUACUCUUAAAUGCUGUAUUAUUGCUUUUAAAUUAUAAUUUCCUUUUUUAUUUAUUUCCGAUUCUUUCAAGCGGCACUGUGGUUUACCCAAAAAGUGCAAUCUUCUUUCCUUUUUUCCUUUGGUUUCUGUAUCACAUUAAGGCAUUGUUAUGGGAAAUGGGACCACGAGUCCUUCAGCAAGUAUUUAAUAUGUUCCUUUUUUUUUUUUGUAAGUUAUUCUGUCAUUAUUUCAAUAGUUAUUUAAUUUUUAAUACAUUUUUGGCAAUAACAUGGGCUGUUGUGAAGUUUACUGGAUGUGCCUGUAUAUCAGGGGAGCCAUGCCUGCCAGUGGUGUGAGCACGGUGCUUCCAAUUGAGCUUUGGGACUGAAAACUGUGGAAUCGCCCUAAUCAAUGAGACUAAAUUAUGGCUCCAUUAUAUUUCUGCCUAUGAUAUAACCAUAGAAAAUUACACUAAUAUUUUGUAACUAAUUUAUGUAGAAUCAGAAAGAAAAUUCUAAUCACUGACAAAUUGAAUAUUUUAUUAAAGACAGAAAAAUGAGUAAUUUUCAAUCUGGGACCGCCUUUGUAAGAUACUAAUUAUAAAGAAAUGUAUACGUGUGAACGUUAUUACUCUCCUGCAUUCUGAAGUAUUUUUGUAGGGAGGUUCAUUAUCUUAAAUGCCACUAAAACGAAGUAAAUUACAAAGAUCAAUUUGAUUGUACGCUUUGGAAGUCUGUGACUUGGCUUAAAAAUGUUAUAACAUGUGGGGAAUUGUUUGUGGAUAAAAACUGCAUAUAUUAUACAGUUUUUGCCACAAACAAACCCUGGAAUUUGAAGAAUUGCCUCAUUCAUUGCAGAGCUAGAACUUUUUUCAAGGUGAAUGCGCUGUCGCCUGAAGAGCUGAGGGACACUAAAGAGUCGAUGUACAUAUCUCACCCUUUCUACAGCUGUUUCUACAGUCUUUCUGGACCCUUUAGGAAUAAUGCAUGCAGGUCCGGUUUGUCAAAACAAGUUCUGAUUAACUGUAUACUUUGAAAAGUGCAAAAGUGCACAUCGGAAAUGUAUUAUUCGCUUUUUUGCCUUUUGAAUUGCUCUGAAAUCCAUCCGAGACGUUUGCUUUUCUUGUAUAAAACAUCAACUCUCAUGAAGAAAUGGGAAACCGUGAGUGUUUCAGUGUAAUGUAUUACAGUACAGUUCAUUUUGAAUUUGAAAAAAGAAGUGUCUUACUUUUUUUUGCCUUUUGUGUUGUGCAUAUUUCUGCUUGAAAGGUCCUGCAGAGCAAACAAAUCUGCUUUAUUUUUUACAUAUUCACACAUUAAUCUGCUGUUUGAAAACAGUUUCUUUCAUCCAAGCCAUUUUGAAAUCUUGUCCCUCCAGAUAAUAAUAAAAAAAAUCUUUUUUAAUGA